CAAAAUUGGUGUAAGGUGUAACCUUCCUCGUUGUGACAUCAGCAGUGCUGUUUGUAUGGCAGACUUGUCAAACCGGUGUUGGAGGCUGCAGGAGUGCUGACACCAUUCAGACGGCAGAGCCAGGAGAAACCCACCUGUGUCGCCGCCUUUAAGUGUGUUGGCUCUGUUCAAUAAUCCCUUACCCAAAGUUUUCUUGACCAAUUGUGCACAUGGAAAGAAGGAGCAACUUUAGGUGAAACGGUCGGUGCAUCAAGUGAAACGAGGAAAGACGAAACCUGACUGUGCGAAGCAGAGAUACAACCCAGAUAGGAUGGCAACGAAUGGGCUCGAAAAGACAACCGGUAUGGAGGGCGAUAUGGACCUCCAGUUCCUCUUGCAGGGUGGAGACCUCCUCAAGGUCCGCUCUUCUAAAUGGAAGAAGACCCGCUACUUCAAACUCCAGGAGGACUGCAAGACCAUGUGGCAGGAAUCGAAGAAAUUCUUCAAGUCAAACCAGACCUUUUCCCUCGAUGACAUCUCAGCGGUGCGGAUGGGUCGCCAGUCAGAUGGCCUGAGGAAGAGCACAGAUGAGCAGGUGGAGGGUCGCUGCUUCUCCAUCAUUUUUAAGGGUCGCCGCAAGAACCUGGACCUCAUCGCCAGCUCAGACGAGGAGGCCAAGCAGUGGGUCAACAGCUUGCAGAAAUUGGUCUCCAACAUGAACAACCUGAGCCUCCAGCAUAGGACAGAGCAUUGGAUCUUUAGCUGCCUAAGGAAGGCUGACAAGAACAAAGAUAAUAAAAUGAGUCACUCUGAGAUAAAGGACUUCCUGCAUCUGAUCAACAUGGAUGUGGAUGACCUCUAUGCAGAGAUGCUCUUUGAGGAUUGUGACAAAUCCAAAUCAGGAUACCUGUCUGGAGAGGAGAUCGAACAUUUCUAUGACCUGUUGACCCAUCGGGAGGAAAUCGAUGUGAUCUACGGAGAGUACGCGAAAACGACAGGCUUCAUGAGUCCUGAAAACCUGGUGGACUUCCUGAUGAAAGAACAGAGAGAGAAAGCCUCACUGGCUGACGCUCACAAGAUUAUCGAGAAGUUCGAGCCAGAUGAAAAUGCCAAGGCGAAGAAACUUCUGUCCAAAGAUGGCUUCAUCAUGUACAUGCACAAACCAGAGGCCAUGAUCCUCAAUACAGAUCACAAAGAGUUGUACCAGGACAUGAGUCAGCCCCUCAAUCACUACUUUAUCUCCUCCUCGCACAACACCUAUCUCAUGGAGGACCAGCUCAAAGGGCCCAGCAGCACCGAGGCAUAUGUCAGGGCACUCCUGAAGGGCUGCCGCUGUGUGGAGCUGGACUGCUGGGACGGAUCAGAUGACGAGCCAGUGAUCUACCACGGCUACACACUUACCUCAAAAAUCCUCUUCAAAGACGCAAUCAAAGCCAUCAAGGAGUAUGCCUUUAAGACAUCCGAUUACCCAGUCAUCCUCUCCUUGGAGAACCACUGCUCUGUGGAGCAGCAGGAAGUCAUGGCCCGCCACAUGAGCUCUAUCCUGGGCAGUGCACUCAUCACUUCCCCCCUGGGGGACGGCAUGCCCACAAAUUUCCCAUCUCCAGAGGAGCUAAAGGGGAAAUUCCUGAUCAAAGGGAAAAGGUUAAACAAACUGGAGGCCAGCUUUGCUUCUGAGGCAGCAGAAGCUGAUGACGAGGAUGUGACGGAGGAGGAAGAGUCAAAUGAGGAAGACGAGGAUGAAGAAAUGGAGAAAGAGGAAAGCAAGAAAAAGAAGCAAAAAAUGGCCAAAGAGCUGUCCGACAUGGUGAUCUACUGUAAGAGUGUCCACUUCCAUGGCUUUGAGGAGGCAAGGAAAAACCAGAGCUUCUACGAGAUGUCAUCUUUCAAGGAGGGGAAGGCCAUGAAACUGGCAGAGGAGUCGGCUAAUGCCUACGUCCGUCAUAAUGUGGAGAAGUUGAGUCGCAUCUAUCCAGCAGGCAUCAGGACAGACUCCUCCAACUACAGCCCAGUGCCUCUGUGGAAUGCUGGCUGUCAACUUGUGGCCUUAAACUUCCAAACAAACUGCCCAGACAUGGACGUAAACCAGGGCAGAUUCCUGGUUAACGGAAAGAGCGGCUACAUCCUGAAACCGGCCUACAUGAGGGACGUAGGCACAGAGUUUGACCCCAUCACCCUGACCCGAGGAGACUGGCUGAAGCACAAGACGCUCCAUGUCAUGAUCAUAUCAGCCCAACAGCUCCCCAAAGUGAACAACAAGAAAUCCUCCAUCGUGGACCCGCUGGUGAAAGUGGAGGUGUUCGGGGUGCCGGCUGAUGUCGAUGAGAAAAAGACCAGUGCGAUUGAGAACAAUGGUUUUAACCCGUCAUGGAACGAAAACUUCCAGUUUGAUGUGUAUGUGCCAGACCUAGCAAUGGUGCGCUUCCUCAUUGAAGACCAUGACUCCACGUCUGAUAAUGAGUUUGUUGGACAGUACACGCUUCCAUUCAACAGCUUAAAGAUGGGAUACAGACAUGUGCCUCUGCUCAAUAAGAACGGAGACAUUCUCCCCUCAGCUGGACUCUUUGUACACGUCAUGGUCCUCGAUGCUGAGUAAGACAUCACCGACUCGCAUGUGCCUCUGCAGGACCCUGGAUCUCCACUACACAGCCAUGUUUUAUCUGGUUUUAAUUGGAUUUUUAUAUUCUGUUUUUUUUCUGCCUCUAUAGAUUUAGUUUAUGGUUAAGUCAUUGGCUUAAUUCCAGUAGUUUCUUCUUAAAGGCGGGAUUCUUCACAGAGGUGUGUUAAACUAAAGAUCUCCAUCUGCAGCUGUACAUUAGUUGUAUUGGGUGUAUACAUGGAGAUACUGUACAUACACACUUUAUAAUGUUCCAUCACAUUACAUGGACUAUUAUGCAAACUGUUUGAAUUGGUUUGUAUGAGUUGCACUAGUGUUAUACCAUGUUCAGUUUGCGAUGACAUUGGAUUCUUUUUUUUAAGCUUGUGUCCUCAUUUCUGCUUA